AUGGUCCUGUCCCCGGUGAUCGGGAAGCUGCUGCACAAACGCGUGGUGCUGGCCAGCGCCUCGCCGCGCCGCCAGGAGAUCCUCAACCAAGCGGGUCUCCGGUUCGAGGUGGUCCCGUCGCACUUUAAGGAGACGCUGGAGAAAGGCUCCUUCCCCACGCCUUCCGCCUACGCUGUGGAGACCGCCAAGCAGAAGGCCCUGGAGGUGGCCCACCGAAUGCACGCGAAGGACCUGCGGACGCCUGAUGUGGUCAUUGGAGCCGACACCAUUGUGACAGUGGGGGGCCUGAUCCUGGAGAAACCUGUGGACAAACAGGAUGCCUAUCGCAUGCUCUCCAGGUUGAGCGGGAAGGAGCACAGCGUCUUCACCGGCGUGGCCGUCGUCCACUGCUCCUCUAGUGGCCAGCUGGAGACACAGAUGUUGGACUUCCACGAGGAGACCAGGGUGACGUUCUCCGAGUUGUCAGAAGAGAUGCUCUGGGAAUACAUUCACAGCGGAGAGCCCAUGGACAAAGCAGGAGGCUACGGCAUCCAGGCCCUGGGCGGCAUGCUGGUGGAGCGGGUCAGCGGGGACUUCCUCAACGUCGUGGGCUUCCCGCUGAACCGCUUCUGCAAGGAGCUGGCCCGGCUGUACCGGCCGCCGCCUCCGGAGGCCGUCCACCGCGUCAAACACGACUCCAUCCCCACCGUGGACACCUUCGAGGACCUCAGUGAUGAUGGAGAGAGUGGGGCCGGACCCCCGCGAGGGACCCCCUGCAACGGCCCGGCCCAGACUUCACCCUCGUGCCCUGUCCAGCUGCUGACCCUCAUUGAGGGCUUCAAAGCUUCCAAGGUCCUGUUCACGGCCUGCAGACUGAAGGUUUUUGAUCUCCUGAAGGAUGGGGUGGUCCUGCCAGCCGUGGACAUCGCCCGCCACGUGGAUACCUCUGAGGAGGGCACCGAGUGGCUGCUGGACAAGUGCACUGAGCUGAGGCUGCUGGACAGGACGGAGCAAGGUUACACCAACUCGGAGGCCGCGACCCUCUUCCUGACCUCCCAGAGCCCCAGCUGCCUGCAUAGCCUCAUUGCUCUCUGCAGUGACCACGUCUGGGACCGUUUCACUCGCCUGGAGGCCGCCGUCCGAGAGGGCUCCGACCAGCUCUGCCGGGUGUCGGCAAGCUAUGCUGACCUCCUCUUCCAGGACCCCUUCUGCAGGAGCAAAGAGGAGCAGCUCCAGUGUCUCCGUGCCCUGAAUGAUUUCACCCAGCCGAGCGCCCACGCUGUUGCCACUGCCUUCGACCUCUCCUCCUUCACCUCCGCCUGCCACCUCGGAGGUUCCACGGGGGCGCUGGCCCUCGGCCUUGCCAGGGAGUACCCACGCAUGCAGGUGGCCGUGAUGGACCUGCCUGAGGUCAUAGAAUUCGCCCCCAGCCUCCUCCCUGCUGGUCCGCACACAGCACGGGUCAGCUUCGUGCCAGGUGAUUUUCUCCAGGAGGAGCCCCCCAAGGCGGACCUGUACGUCCUCUGGGGAAUCCCGCAGGACAUACGCGGCCAGGGAGCCGCCCAGCGAUUACUAAACAGGGUCUCCCAGCUCUGCAGGCCAGGCUGUGCGCUCCUGGUGGCGGGAGCCGUCCUGGAUGAGGAGCGGACCGAGCCGGGCAUCCAGGUGCAUCCACUGUCCACGCUGUGGACGCACAGCUGCGCGCGCACGGCCGAGGGCUACCGGCGUCUGCUCCUGGCGCACGGCUUCCGCGAGGUGCGUGUGGUGCGCACGGGGUGCCCGCUCGAUGUGGUGCUCGCCACGCGGUGA